AUGGAUGAGAUUCUGUAUGAAGCCCAGCGCCAGGGCCGUAUCAGUUUUUACAUGACCCACUAUGGUGAAGAAGCCAUGAUUGGUAGUGCGGCAGCUCUUGAAUCCCACGAUGUUGUUUAUGGCCAAUAUCGUGAGGCUUUCAUGCUUCUUUACCGUGGUUUUACUGUAGAUGAUUGUAUGAACCAAUGUUUCUCGAAUGCUCUGGAUGGUGGCAAAGGAAGACAGAUGCCUGUGCAUUAUGGUUCCAAGGAGCAUAAUUUCCAGACGAUCUCGUCGCCCUUGGGCACUCAGAUUCCACAGGCUGCUGGUGCAGCUUAUGCGCUCAAAUUAAACAAUGAUAAGCAGGCGGUGACCAUCUGUUACUUUGGCGAAGGUGCCGCUUCCGAAGGUGAUUUCCAUGCUGGUUUGAACAUGGCUGCUACCUUAAAGUGCCCUGUCAUUUUCUUCUGCCGCAACAAUGGUUUCGCGAUUUCAACGCCUGCUAGUGAACAAUAUAAGGGUGACGGCAUUGCUCCCCGCGGCAUUGGUUACGGCAUCGACACUGUCUGUGUUGAUGGCAAUGACGCAUUUGCCGUCUACAAUGCCACCAAAGCAGCUCGCGCAAUUGCUGUGAAUGAAAACAAACCCGUGUUGAUUGAAGCCAUGACCUACCGUGUGGGACACCACAGCACGUCUGACGACUCGACAAAAUACCGAGACCGCAAAGAAGUCGAAGAACGCGCCAAAUUUGAUAAUCCAAUUACCCGCCUGCGUCGCCAUAUGGAACUUCACGGCUGGUGGACCCAGCAACAAGAAGAUGAGCUACGCAAACAAGUUCGCAAGGAUGUAUUAAAGAGCUUCAAUGCAGCUGAAAAGCUACCCAAACCUGGAUUGGUUGAACUGUUCAACGAUGUCUAUGACGAGGUACCGCCGGCACUGGCAGCUCAGCGCGAGGAGUUGGAGCAGCUGAUGAAGAAAUAUCCAGAAUACUAUAAUACAGAUGAAUAUGCAUCUGCUUCAUUGAAAUGA